AUGAGCAGACAAAUAGCUUUGGAGAAAGAGUUAGAACAAAUCAAACAGAUCAACCAGGUGGUAGGAAAGGUGGUACUGACAGUGAAGAAAGCUCAUACAGAUAUCAUUAAGUCCAAUGAAUCAAUUGAAAACACCAACAAAUUGGUGAAUAAAUGGAUUGAUAUUUUAUCACAGAGUGAUUAUACCAAACAUAGGAUCCAAAAUUAUUAUCAAGAUGAUGACGUGGUACAGGAGAAGUUACAAAAGGAACAAGAGAUGAUGAAAGAGUUAGAGAGAUUGAAGAAGGAGAACGAGGAGUUGACGAGGAAGUUAAAAUAG